AUGGGUGCUGUCGUUUCUUGCAUCAAAGAUGUCUUCCGCUCCAUCGGCGCCUGCCUGACGGGCAUCGUGAACACAAUCGGCGCAGUCCUCAAAGCAAUCAUCAACGGCGUCAUGUCCCUCUGCAACAUUCUUAUCUCCUGCCUCACCUGUGGCUACUGCGGAAACCGGGGACGCAUGCGCAGUUCGAGAACGCGAAGAUCACGAGUCUAA